GUGGUUCGUUCAGGUUUCCUGUGUAAAAGAGCUGCUUUCACUCACCACCUGUGGAUUAGUUGUUUGGAAAACCACCAACAUCAAGAGCAACGAUGGAUUUCGACCUUAACGCAGCGGUUGAACCCGAGAUGAAGAAGGAGGACGCUCAGAAGGAUGAAUUUUCUUGGCCCUUUGGCAAAAAGAAAAAGGAUGGCUGCGAUGGAAAAUCUGGAAAGGAUUGUAAGGAUAAAAAAUCAGACUGCAAGGACAAGAGCAAAGAUGGCUGUAAGGACAAGAGCAAAGAUGGCCACAAGAAGAAGAAGAAGGAUAAGGAUGAGACGAAGGAUAAGAAGCAUAAAGAUAAGAAAGAUGGAGGAACGUCAUCAUCUUCAUCCUCAUCAUCCUCAUCUUCCAGUGAUGAGGACUGAUUCCUCCUGGGGGACUGGUGUGCUCAUCUAGUUUCCUGAUCCUGUCUGCAUUGGGUUUGUGCUUCAGUGUGCAGUAGUGCCAAUGAUUCUCCUUGUCCUUACGCUGGUGUUAUAAAA